AUGGAGGUUCCCCAUGUGCAUCCCGGACCUGCAUCUCGAGAGCUACUGUUGCUACAGGGCAACCAUAGGUCUUCAUACAUCUGGGAUGGGCAGUGUCUGUCCCAGACAUUCCGCCUCAGACAUUUAGACGAUAUGUGGGAGUUCAUUAGGGUCCACUCACUCCAUCCACAUAUAAUUAGAUGCCUUCAGGAUACGGGUUUCUACAGGAUCAUAGAGAUCGGUCGGUUGCAGUUCGACUGGGCGUUGAUCACGCUUAUGAUAGAGCGGUGGCGACCGGAGACGCAUACGUUUCAUCUACCCAUCGGCGAGGCUACCAUCACGCUUGAGGACGUGGAGGUUCUUUUCGGGCUGUCGGUUGAUGGAUUACCUGUAGCUUACCCGCAUGCUCUUAGAGACUAUAGGGGAGUGGAUUACCUACAUAUGUUGCAGUGGCUCACUGAUUUCCAGCCAGUGGAGCCGACUGUAUUGAGUGGGGCCAGUUGA